AUUGUACACACCUGUAGACGUGUUGAGGUUGUUCAACCACUCCCAAUUUAGGUUAGACAAGGGAGACAUCUGAAGACAUUGCUUUCUGUAAGAAACGUUCGCUUCAUCUGAAUCUUGAUCACAAGGAAGGAAGGAAGAGAUGGCUGAAGAGGAAGACAACACAGUAAAGUGCGGAGUGGCUUGUUAUUAUCCUAGGUGGGCCCGAAGACUAGCCAAUGCUAAACUGUUCUGUGUAGUUUGGUGUCUGACCAUCUUGACUCAAACUAUCGCUGGAGCUGGUCUUCUCACUGCAGUGCUGUCUUCAAUAGAGACGAGGUUUCAACUUGAAAGUAAAGAUCUCGGGAUGAUCGCCAGUGCAGCCGACAUCGGGAGUGUCCUGGGGUUACUUUGGCUGUCCUACUACGGAGGCAGACCUGGAGCGAAUCGACCCAAAAUACUUGGAAUCUGCACAUCAAUUUUCGCCAUUGGGACGUUCGCAUUUGGCCUCCCCCAUCUCAUGACCCCUGCCUACGAGGUCACGUCAGGUGGACCUGCAAACGGGACGCAAGAGAUGCCCAAGGAUGUCUGCACUUCUAACCAAACUACAUCAACCACGUGUGCAGCAAACAAGGGAUCAUCAUCUUCGCCAUACGGUGGCGUGUACGCCGUACUCCUUUUUGCACAGUUUUUGCAGGGGAUUGGCAUUGCCCCCACCUAUCCUUUGGGAACGACUUACGUGGACGAUCACGUGACAAAAAAGGCCCUUCCAUUCUACUUAGGUUUCUCUUACAUCACGUACGGGGUUGGGCCUUCAGCCGGGCUGUUCCUCGGCGGAUAUACCCUGAGUCGUUACGUGGACAUGGACAAGGGAGUCGACCCUGCCGCCCUCGGGCUGUCCCCGGGGAGCCCCCUCUGGGUCGGCGCCUGGUGGCUCGGCUACUUCGUCAUGAUGGGCACCUUGGGGCUGGUCGCCUUUUGGCUGCUUCUCUUCCCAGCAGCAUUAAAAAAGCCGAUGGAAGAAAAUGAAAACAACGAGGAAGACGGCAACAAGAUGCUUCCCGGAACAGAAGCACAAGAACCCCCCUCGACCUUUGACCCUGCUAAAACAUUGAAACAACAGGCAAAAGAUAUCAUCCUGGGUACAAAAAAGGUCCUCACCAACUGGCUGUUUAUGUGUAUAACCAUGGCUUUCGUGUGUUAUAAUGCGAGCGGAAGCACCGGUCCCUUCAUCCCUAAAUACAUGGAGACACAGCUCGGAAUGCACAAUGCUCAAGCCAGCUAUCUACUAGGAUUGGUCUUUUUACCGUCUGCUCUAUUCGGACUGUUCGCAUCUGUUGCCAUAUUGAGACGGUUCCAGUUGGGACCCCGUGGUUGUCUUUACUUGACCACAGGCGCUUCUGUGCUUUCCCUGGUCAUCCUGGUCCCAGCUGGAUUCAUCAGCUGCCCCCGCCCUCCCAUCGCAGGGGUCAAUAUUCCCUACGGACACAGUUUGACGGCUAACGUUUCCCUGGGCAGACUCCCCGGCGGCAUCGCCCUGACAUCCCCCUGCAAUGCUGACUGUGGCUGCCCGUUGGACAGGUACCGGCCGGUCUGUGCGUCUGAUGGCAUCACUUACUUCUCGGGCUGUCACGCGGGAUGUCGCGAGAGUCAGAGCAUUCAAGGCCCCAGAGGGAUAAAACUAGCCAAUUAUUCAAACUGUGGCUGUGUGACAUCCAACCCACAAAGCAUCACGGGAGGAAGUACCAAACAGCUGUCCGGCACUCAGACCAUCAUGGCUGCCAAGGAAGAGUCGACUGGAUAUUUUGCAUCAGUUUGGGCAACCCCGAAUCCUGAAAACUUUACACCAGACGGAGUUACAGACGCAGCAAAUCGUACGGAAGCUCGCACCGUUACCGUAACUUCGGAGCCAAACGCCUACACUAAUCUCCCAUCUUCAGUACAAAUAACACCGAGCACAUCCGCCUUUUCCAUUCCAUGUCCCACAAAAUGCAUCGCCUCGCGGUCCUUCCUGGCCCUUCUGACACUAAACCUUGUUUGCCGUGCGAUGAUUCCCUUGCUGCUUGUCGUGGCCAGUCUCAGGGUGCUGUCACCAGACACUAAGACGUUUGGAGUUGGAUUGCAAAGCCUGACUACAAGGCUGCUUGCGUAUAUCCCGGCGCCUAUCUACAUCGGAGCGCUGAUCGACUCGUCCUGCGAGCUGUGGUCCUCCAGCUGCGGCGUGCGGGGCGCAUGUCUCCUGUACAACAUGCCGCUGAACCGCCUCCUGUUCGUCGGUGUUCAGGCCCUGCUCACAGCUGCCAGCAUCAUACUUCUGUGCAUCGCCAUUCACCUCUACAAUCGCCGGGAGGCUGCCGAGGGGAAAUCUCAGGCACCAGGUUUGACUACGAGAGAUAUUGCUACAUCGAUGGGGUCUUUGGCUUCCUCCAUCCCUUCACUGACAAACGUCGGUGUGCGCAACCGUAACGGAUACAUGUAACUCAAACCUAUAGCUAGCUAACACCACAAAAAUUUAUUUCAGAUGAAACCGUUUCUAAAUGAUAGUAACAAUACUAGAGAGGCAACAGUUUUCGCAAAAUGCAGAAUGCUUUACCGUAGCCUUUUAUCAAGCUACUCGCUCACAGUGAUAUAUAUCAUUAGGAUCGUAUUAUAGUAUAGUACUGUGUGCGAGUUUAAAAACAAUAUCUUCUUGAAUGUGUAUUGGACCUCAUUAUCAAUAUUAUUGUGCCAUACAAUAAGGCACGUCCAAUAGUAAUUUGUGCGAGUAAAAAUGGUCAUAUAUUGGAAAUUAUAGUGAUACCAUACGUAAUACGUUCAUUCUAUUACAUUAUCAUGUAUCAAAGUUUACUAGUUUACUGCUACGAAAUGUAAUAGGUCAUGUCAUGAAUCAGAUGUAAAUGUAAAAAAUUCUAAUGUAUAGUUGAUAUGUGUUAUUCGACAAUCAUUAUUCUAUACUACUAUAGUAUUUUGUCAAUUAAUAACCCAAUUUACGUGGCCGAUUAUUGUACCCAGUGGCACUGAAAAAUUUUGAUCAUUUAUUCAUUUCAAAGUAUUAUUCUCUUACCUUUAUGAUAUGCAUGUACUGUUACCAUAUGAUAGUCCUUGACCAUAUACUAUUAUAAUCACGACUUUAAGUAUUUCAUGUUCAUUUUUGCGUUAUUCUCAUAUAUAUUACAUCAACUAGAUAGAAAAACAAACCUGUGUUUGAAUGAAAACUAUGUAAAGCCUACCAGGUUAGUUAUUCAGUUUACUUCAGUUCUUUUUGUGUCAUACUGUAUACUUUUGUCGACUUAAUGUUAUUUGAUAGUGUUUUUAUAAUGUUGAUGGACGACUGCAGGAAGAAUAGAGUUUAUGAUAAUCAUUUUAAAUUCUAAUUGGAGAUCGAAAUAAACAAACAAACAAACGGUCUAUGCAACAAAACCGUAGUUUCUGUCACUUAUGAACACAUUUUGACAGCAUUCGCACAAAAAAUACAUAUUGAACCAUUACAAAAUUUAGCUCCGUCUCGUAAUUUCCCCCUCCAGGUAAUUAUUGUAACGUCGUUGGAUUGUAUACCAUCAAGAUUAUAGGGCACAGUUUGCCUAUUCAUUUUUAUGCCAGCCAUAGUGCCAGCUUCAGUCUCGUUUUGGUGAUCUUUAUUGCGCAACAAUUGUACGGGUACAAUGUAUGGCAAGUUCGGGUGUAAUACAUGUACAGAACAUCAAAACUAAUAUCUACGUGGUUGCUUAUACAUAACAAUGGUAACUAUAGAGGGUUCUAUGUAAUAAAUGACUAGUCGCUAUGCUACUUUAGCUGAGCGGAUUAAUUCAUGGGAAACAGGUAUUACUAGAACAUAGUGGUACACGAUACAGAGUUAACAUCAAUUGUUUGUGUCAAUACGAUUCCUUUUUUGAAAAGCAGUAGAUAUGUAUUGGCCUAUGUACAAGGAAAUUGCAUCAGGACAUGACAUAAGUAAAUUGAAAGUUUCUGAACUUGUCUUAGGUAAUGUUAUGUUUGUAGUCUUGUUGAUAACGUCCAUAAGCUUCUGCCUUUCCUCAGUAUAUGUGGGACAUAAUAAUAGAAAGUGUAGUUCGUCUUCGAUACCAUGAUUGCAAGUAGGACAGCGUCUCUGAGUGGCUGGUAUAUUAUUAUAUCGACCUUUUUCUAUCUCCAAACAAUGUGCACUAAUUCGCAAUUUUGUUAUGUUAGCAACAAAUGAUUUAUUUUGAAUUGAUGAAAGGUACUUUUCGAGAGUGAAGUUGGUCUUGAAUUUAGAAUAGGUUUGCAAUUUGCUAUAAUUUCUUAUCUCUUGCCUCCAGCCAGAAACAAACGUGUCUUUCAGACGUUCCUUGAACACGUUUCCAAAAUGUUUGGCGUCAACUGCAGGGUUUAACCAAACAUUUUGGAAACCGUGUCUGCACAAUAUGUCUUGUACAUGUACGGCCCAGUCCUGUUCUUGUUCAACAGCAAAAUCGUAAGCUUUUUUAACUAUUCUAUCGUUUGGAAGGUUUUGUAGUCUAAGCCAAUAUUUAAUAAGUUGAGAUUGGGCUUCAAUGUAUAAUGGAAAUGUUCCGAGUUCACCCCUUACGGCGGCAUUAACGGAACUUCUGGGAACUUGAAGUAGGAUUUUACAGUAAUUGAGAAGAACAUGCUCUAGAUCAGACACUUCAUAUGAGAAUUUGGGAUGUGUCAAUAAAAUAUUUUGAUUCGAUAGUAAUUCCGAUUGAUAUAGAAUAUUUAAUUUGUCACUAUAUCUCUUAAACCGGACUAGAACAGGACGAGGCGAUGUCACAUCGUUCUUCUUUCCUAAUCGUGUAACCUUUAGGAGUUGUAUAUUUGAACCUAAUAUCGGAGAAAGGAUGUUAUAAAUUCCUUCCCGUAUAUUUUCAGCAGGAUAUUCCUGUACUCCAUUAAAGAUCAAGUCUC